AUGCGAUCUGUUCGCACAAGGGCGACGAGGCUGCUGAGGGUGACGGAGAUAGAUGAGGGGAGGAGAAAAAGGAGGUGGCAGGCAGCGGGGGUUGGCGGGCAGAGGGAGAAGAGGGGCGGCGGCGAAGAGGGAGGAGAAGAGGUGACGGGCGGAGGAGACGGGAGAGGAAAAGGGGUGGCGGGUGGCGGGGAGAGGGGAGGAAUAUGGGUGGCGGGUGGCAAGGAGAGUGGAGGAAAAAGGGUGGAGAGCAGAGGGGGGUGGCGGGGGAGGGAGAAGAGGAGUGGCAGAGGAAAGAAGGGGAAGGGGAAAGGGAGGGAGGGGGAAGGGGAGAGGGAGGGUGACGGCAGAGGGAGGGGAGGGGAGGGGUAG